AUGAUUCCAUGGGUGCGUGAAAAAUUUGCUGAAAGGCGGGCAAAGUGGUUGGCACGUUCCAAACGAUCACAAGGUAGCAGUGGUGGUGGUAGUAGUGGUGGAGCUAGUGGCGGCGGCAACAAAGAAGAUGAUGACGAUGAGUCCAGUGAAAUGCGUGAUCGAGAUUCACCUCGAUUUCAUCGUUUAAAUUGUAAAGACGACGACGAUGAUGAAGAGGACUUGGAAGAUGAUACCGAUGCAAAUUCACCGGGACACAGCAGUCAACAUAGUUCACAUAGGAAUCAACAUAAUUCACCAACGCCCACACGACACCAACAACAACAAUGCCAUCAUGCAACCCGCUCCUUACAUUCGUCCCCCGUCAAGUUAGCUAAAAAAAGUUCCCGCCGUUCCUCGGCAGCAUCUUCGUCCUUCGCCACUACAUUAGUUAAUACAACAGAUAGCUUUGCCAGAGGCUCAUCGCCUCGAGAACGCAUUAAGGUUCGUGUAAUCUGUCCAUCGGCCAGGGUAAUGAUAUUCCAAACCGACUGUCAACGCCGUCUAUUAGAAUUGAAAAAUGAAAUUAUCUUAGAAAUAUCAGAUGACUUGAUGGCCCAUAUGUCCCUGUAUGCCUGUGAGGUUAAAACAUUGGCUACAAAAUUUCGUCUAUUAAAGGCUGAUUAUCAAGGCAUCGAACUGAAUGAAGCACAUAGCCUUGAACAAUUGGGUAUUGGUAAUAAUGAUACCUUGGUUUUGGUGGCAAAACGUAACAAUCUGCAGCAACUGGUAAAUCAAACCCGAGAGAUUCGUUCACCCUCGGACAAAGAUAUAGAAUUGGCAACAAGAAAUUUACCCGUACGUUCGGCUGAUGUUCCCCUCGUGGAUAUUAAUGAAAUAUUUCAGCAAUCAAAUUUACAUUUUGAUGUCCGCAAAGUAUUAAUAUCCCUGGCCCAGGCCUCUGCUGUGGUUAUUGGUUCCGGUCCCUAUGCCAAACGUUUAAUAGCCAUGCUCAAACAGAAACUUAUCAAUAAGCGUAACUAUCAGAACGAUACAACGCAGUGCCUUGUCGAUAUGGGCUUUAAAAAAGAAAAGGCCGAAUAUGCCUUGAAGCUGCACAAUAAUGUCUAUUCGGCCGCCUUGGAAUGGCUAAUACAGCGUCAAAGUCAAGAGACAUCGAUUGAAGAGGUUGUAAUGGGUAUACCAAGGACAAAUUCAAUGGCAUCACCAUCGGGUAUAUUGUCAAGUGAUAAUACGGUGGAAAAUAUUGCAGCUCUAUUGGAAAUUGUACGCAUAUACAGCUAUCGUGAUAUUCCGCCUACCCCCGAUGCUGUGCAAACUUUGGUGGAGAUGGGUUUUCAGGAAAGUGACGUCAUUGAGGCAUUAAAGAAAACCUGCAACAACAAAGCUGCUGCCUGUGAAUGGUUAUGUGGAAAUCGUACUGGUAGUUUAGUAGAAUUACGUGAGGGAUUAGCUCAAGACUCGCCAAUAUUAAAAACAAUAUUGCAAUUGCCACAAGUUCAACUAAGCUUAAGUAAUCCUGAAAUUUUAUUGGCCUUUUUAGCAAUACUGGAAAAUGAACAAUCAAUACGUGUGUGGGGCGAUGACAAUGACACAACCUCGGUUAUAACACAUAUCCUACAAAAAUAUCACGAAGAGAAACAUGUUUUGGGCAUAAAUCAAUUCUAUAGCAGUCGAUAGU